ACUUGUGUGGGCCGAGCGGCUGUCAAUUAUUUUGGCGGUUAUGGAGACCGAAAACUCCUAAACGCAAACUCAUGCGUUACUCGUUGCUCUUUCGUAAGCAGGCUUCCUGCCCAGUUUGGAGUCUUAGAUGCAGUUUCCUCUGAAAUAUUUAAGAUAUCUCUAUUUCAUAUGAAGAUGGAACAUUAUGAGAUGAGUAGUUCAUUUUACAACCCUAAAAGAUCCAGAAAGCAUACAUCUGACUUUGCUGUUAGGAUUCAGGAAAUUAAAUCUUUGCUUCCAGGCCCUGAAGAAGAACAUCCUCAAAAGGUCACCAAGAAGGAGACGUUGAUCCAUUUGUUGAAAUAUCUAGAAUUCCUUCAGUUGCACAUUGAGGUGCUUCAGACUGAGCUGGCUCCACUAAACUUGCAAGAGGUGCUUGAAAAGACAUGUGAUAGACUGGGAAAAAUAGAGUGCAUAAACUUACCAGAGGGCAGUUCAUCCUGCAUUUUAAAUGAGAUGGCUGUCAAGGAAGAAGAAAGAUGCUUUCAAAAAGACUGUUAUUCUACAAGUCCAGAGUUAAAUAUUGGGGAUCCCUCAAUCGGUUCUGUCCAAAUCCCAUACAAUGCUGGAGUUCUUUUAAAAGACUGCAAGCUUGGAGAGUAUUUUUUUUCAGAGGAGUUCAGUGAUAAGUCACAUAAUAUGAACUCCCUCCUCCAACAAGAGACAGAUAAUUCUACAUAUACAAAUAGUCUUACUGCUGUGGCCUUUCAGGAUGAACUGAAACUUAGCCCUUCACUCCUAAGCUCACCAUCACGAGAACAGACACACGUCUUAAAGAGACAGGACAGUUUGCAGGAUCUUUUUGAAGAUGUUUUAAUUGGUCCUGAACAUACAGAUGACCAGAAUCUAGAAUCCAGCAAAAUUAAGGUGGAAGAGGAGAAAUGUGACAGCUAUAGUUGGACUGUUUCAAAGAAAGAAGUUUCUCAGAGUAGAAGCAACAGCCUCGGAGAGAUCAAAUUGUUUCCAGCAUCCCCUCACAUGAAGAAAAAGUUUCUGAAUGGCUUUGUCACAUUCUGUCAGCUUAAAAGAAAAGAAUAUGUACGGUCUCACCCUGGGAUGCCCUUUGCAGUUGUCACUAAGGAAUUAGCAGACCUUUGGCUUAAAAUGCCAAAAAGACAAAAGAAGAUGUAUUGUAGUAAAGCAAGACAACUUAACCGUCAUCAGUAUGAUCAGACCAGGGGUGUGUCAAAGUAGAAGCUUAAGAGAGGUCAUUGCAUCCUGCAGCACACAAAUAGCUUCACAUCACUACAGGAACAACAGCCUCCAUUAAACGUAAAGGAAAAGAAACAAGACAAACAUUUUGACAUUAUUGUCCUUGGCUCCUGAUCUCCAGUUUCAUUAGAUUUCCUCGGAGAUAUUUAAUGUAUUUUCGUUGUUUCACGUUUAAAAAUGUUUCCUUUAGUCUUAAUUAUCUAGAUUCUAUAGCUAACAGUAAAGUAAAUUUCUUGUAUAAACAUUUAUAGAUAAAUUACAUAAAUUGGGUAAACAUGUCAUAUUGA